UGGGUUGUGUGUGUCUGUGGGUUGUGUGUGUGUGGGAUGGGGCAACUGUCCCUCAACUGUGUCAUUAUGUGUUGAUGAUAUCUGUUCAAAUUGUUAUCUUGGAGCAGGAAACUCCAGCAGACUGAUUUCCAUAGUGAGCUGAUGUCAUGUAAUGGACACUGACCACGUUCUCUUCCUCCUCCACUCCGCUCUUCCUCCUCCACUCCGCUCCGUCUCGCUCUCGCUCUCUCCUCCACUUGUCUUAUUGAAUUAGCCACUGUGUAGCUAAUGGGGCGACUGUCUAUUAAGUUAGCCGGUCAUUAUCUCUAUGCACUUACAGUCUUGUGAAAAAGUCAACACUGUUGACAGAUACAUGUAACCUAAUUUAACAGAUGGUACUGAAAGGUUUUACUUUGCAAUCAUUUAUCUGUCAAAAAUCAACAGAAAUGCAAUUUCAUAGUGAAGAAAAAAAAUCUGUACUCUCCUAACUUCUUUAGCUGCUAUUGCCCCCCUUGGCAGAGUCUUGUAAAUCGACUCAGAGGAAUUCUUGCUCACUUUUUUUAACGGCACUGCUUCAGAUGUGUCAUGUUCAAGGGCUCUCUUAUAUGCACUGCUUCAGAUGUGUCAUGUUCAAGGGCUCUCUUAUAUGCACUGCUUCAGAUGUGUCAUGUUCAAGGGCUCUCUUAUAUGCACUGCUUCAGAUGUGUCAUGUUCAAGGGCUCUCUUAUAUGCACUGCUUCAGAUGUGUCAUGUUCAAGGGCUCUCUUAUAUGCACUGCUUCAGAUGUGUCAUGUUCAAGGGCUCUCUUAUAUGCACUGCUUCAGAUGUGUCAUGUUCAAGGGCUCUCUUAUAUGCACUGCUUCAGAUGUGUCAUGUUCAAGGGCUCUCUUAUAUGCACUGCUUCCUUCAAGUCCCCCCACAGCAUUUCUUUAGAUCUUGGGAUCAUUGAGAUCUGGGCUUGGACUAAGGACAUUCAAUAACCCUGCAUUUACUAUGUUUGAGCCAUUCUGUCGUAGCUUUGGUGGUUUACUUUGGACCAUUGUUCUGUAAUAAGAUCCAUGUUCAGUUCAGCUUUAGAUUUUUACCCUGAACAUUUCUCUGGUACAAUUAAUGAUGGAAAGUUGGUCAAGCCCUGUGGCUGCAAAGCAGCCCCAAACCAUUAUGCCACGGUCUUUAUUUUUUGGGGUUGCUGUGAUGUUCUUCUGUUCAAAGGCAGUGUUUGUUUUUCAGCCUAACAACCCUCCCAGACUCAUGGGAAUAUAUGAUCUUUCUUCUGAGGGGGUUGGAUAGUCUUUUGAUCAUGGUAUUAUGUACUGGACAACCAUAUAAUUGACGUAAACAGACCAUGUUACUAAUCGUAAUGGGAGGUUGGACCCUUCCGAGUUUCAUCUAAUGAUUUUGUAAUAAUUUUCACUUCUUUUGGUAAAUUUUAAUUCUGAUAGUAAAGGUACUGCAUUUUCUGCAUAAGGAAAUUACAUUUGUGUUUAUUUGAAUUGCAUGAAUUUUGUUUUUGUGAUUUGUAAAAUUUUUGGUAACUUUGUUAAUGAUUGUGGUUAAUGUUUAACUCACAUAUCUAUGUGUCACAAGAAAAACAUUUCCUGGGGUUGUACAUACCAUCUUGGGGGGGGGCACCUAACAUAGCAAGUGUUAAAGAACCCUGGAACUAGAUCCUCCACAUACAUCUCUUGACGAGAAGAAAAGAACAGUGUUAGGGAAGGUUCUUUUCUGCACUGUUCAACCAAUCCAGUGAAUGUGGAGAAAGAAUGAAGACGUUGUGUCGCCAGAGAUACUCUGGUGUCGCCUUGUUAGUGUUCCAAAGCAGAAGUUGUGUCACAGCUUCUCCCUUUCCAUCUCCCCUGAUAACAGGAACUUCCUCUCAUUGGGAACCUUGCAGAGAGUGCAGUAUUGGGGGGCAGCAGAUGGCUAUUUCUUAUCGGGUGUGGUUGUGUUUGGGCCCGGAGCACCCAGGUCCAGUAACAGAUGGACAACUUGCUCUGGUGCCACUGAUAUAAUUCAAUAGCUAUUUAAUUGGAAGCUAGGCUCUGUCUUGCUCUUUUGGUGCAGUAACCAGAGCAGAGAGUAGCUGCCCUAGAUCUGCCUCAGGGCUCCUUCUACUCAGAGUAACCUCAGACUGUAACCUCUUGGAACUCCCUUAGGGGUACUGGGUUUGUUAUGCCUGGGCUACCAGCCUCCCACACUCUAUAUAAAGGAGCUUGCUUUGUCAUCGUGACUGGUGAGUCGUGACAUUGUGACAUCAACCUUGGCCUUACUGGGCCGGAUCAACUAACCCGGGUUCAAGGCUGUUUGAACAUUCACGGCCACUUACUUCACAUAAUGUAGGCUAGACAACAGCAAAGUUUGCUAAAGCAGAAGCAGACUGACGCAAGCCACGGACUUAAAAAUAAACACUUGCUUUCAGACUGUUGGCAAGGCUCCUCUUCAGACAAACUGUAGGCUUAUAGUGUGGCAAAAGUGGAACACAACAAAGCAACACAGUCUUCCUGUAACCCCAGCCAACCCAACACCCACUGUGCUCUCUAGUACAGAUGAUUGCAGCCAUAAGCAGGCUAACGGUAGCGAACAGUGCCCGGGUCUACAGUUCGCUCGCCACCGCUCUUUUGCUCUCCGCGCUUCACAGGCACGGCGGCCAACUUUGUCAUCUUUAAUUCAGGCCGUGGCGGGCAGAGCACCUCCCCAGCCUUCCGCCCACUUAGCUAGUCUGGGCCUUGGAACACCUCCCCAGGGUCCUAGAGCAUACCAGGAACCAACAUCAUUAUUCCACAGAUAUGACCGGGACCCAGACGCUUCACCUGAUGUAUAUAACUUAAGGAUCCUGUUGGGAUUUUCUCUCCCGUGCAGAUGAGGAGGGCAAGAGGUCCACCUGGCUGGGGUAGGGUCGGGUACAUUGGAGAAAGAUUAAACUAGUAUUCUGCCGAUUUCCUCAUCAACGAAGCUUUUGGUAACGGUGCCACUUUCUGAUCCAAAAAAUAGAAUGUUGCCAUUUCUUUAAAAAAAAUGGAAAUAGAAAUGGGUUUAUCCGCAGAAAAUUAUAGGUAGUGCAUUUAUCCUUAGACAGCUCAAUCAAUCAAUUGUAUUUUAUGAAGCCCUUUGUACAUCAGCAGUUGCCUCAAAGUGAUUUCACAGAUACUCAUCCUGAAACCCCAAAGAGUGAGCAACAAGAGUUAAUGCACAGGUAUUUGGGAGAAUCAAGCAACAAGUAUUAUUAAGUACACCUUACUCAAUGAAGUAGCUGUCAGCAGUCUGUUCUAGAAGAGAAAAAUAAUAGUGGAGGGCUUUCAUUAAAUUGUGUUGUUUGAAAGGAGUGCACAGGCAAAGUCUCAUUGCACUUAUGCAAACAGUAUUCACUCUCGAAAGUAUUCACUCCCUUUCGACUUUUCCACAUUUUAUUGUGUUACAACUUGAAAUCAAAAUGUUUGGCCACCAAACAAUACAAAAAGGUCCAUCAUGGGAAAGUGAACAAUAACAAAUUGUUCAAAUUAAUUACAAAUUCAAAACAGAAAAUAAUUGAUUACAUUAGUAUUUACCCCGUUUUAUUAGAUUUUUGGUAGAGGCACAUCUGGACCCAGCAAUUUUGCAAAUCGAAGAACCUUUAUCCUGAUAUUCUUUGAAUGUUCCUUUGUUCCUAAAUGUUGUUAGCAAUUGUACUAAACAAAUGUGGGACCUAACAGAGAAUUGUCUGUUUCACCUGAAACGCCUCAAUUGCACAUAGAUGGACUAUCCAACUAAUUAGAUUACUAUUAAAGACAAUUGGUUGAACCACAGCGCAGCUCGGUUUUAUAUUUGUAAUUCACUUUUCACUUUGACAUUAUGGACCUUUUUGUGAAAGAUGUGCAUUACCUGUUCAAACAUUCUUAAUAAAAUAUUUUUUUUAAAUGUUCCUCUUCCUAUCAUAACAGCUGGACGCUGGCGUUAGCUAGCUAUUAAACUCUCCCUAUCAUAACAGCUGGAUGCUGGCGUUAGCUAGCUAUUAAACUCUCCCUAUCAUAACAGCUGGAUGCUGGCGUUAGCUGGCUGUUAAAAUCACCCUAUCAUAACAGCUGGAUGCUGGUGUUACAUGGCUGUUAAAAUCUCCCUAUCAUAACAGCUGGAUGCUGGUGUUACAUGGCUGUUAAAAUCUCCCUAUCAUAACAGCUGGAUGCUGGUGUUAGAUGGCUGUUAAAAUCUCCCUAUCAUAACAGCUGGAUGCUGGUGUUAGAUGGCUGUUAAAAUCUCCCUAUCAUAACAGCUGGAUGCUGGUGUUAGAUGGCUGUUAAAAUCUCCCUAUCAUAACAGCUUCUUAUCGUAUCAGCUGAAAGCUGGCAAUAGCAAACCAUUAACCACCCUUUGUACUCUUUUCCUGUAAUUUCCGAAGACAGCCAGAGCCAGGUUGCUUUCUUGCUCAGCUCUGUUUCUUUCCUCCUCCUGUUGGGAUUCUAACGGUAGUUUGUGGUAGCCGUUAGUUGUACUACUUAUUGCAAUGCACAGUUUGAGCUCAGUGGAAGUCAAAGGUCAUAAAGCUCCAACCUCCCAUCCAAAUUUCAUUGUCCUUGCGCCAAUCAGUUUGAAAUGUGUCCAUCCUAACUCCUUUACCUGAAAUUAUGGCGAAUGUAACGUUUCAAUCCACAUAGCUUUCCCAGCCACCUCUAUCAGUGAUUUAAUUCAAAGAAGAGAGGAAGGAAGGACGCAUUUUAGUAAGUUUGGAGCGGGGCCCUCUUUCUCUCCUAGUCCUGAUAGCAGGAAACAGGAAACAGGAAGGGCCUGAGCUGGUGUGGGACGGAUAUCCUGUUCCAGAGAGGCCGUCCCCCCUUCACAUCAUCUACUCUCUCUGUCUUUCCCUUUCUGUUUCUCUAGUCCUCGGUCUGCGGUGUGGCUUUAGGUAGCGGUGUUGUCAGAGGUUCUAUGUGUUUGUGGUCUGCCAGUUGUAGUCUGAAGGUGGAACAGGGGUUAUGUGCUGGCACGGAGAUGGGCUGUUUGACAGCGACGACAGCCAGGAGAGUGACCCGGGGGGGCUGUCGGUGCUGGAGCAGCUGGGUCUUGAUCAGAGCUCGGACUUCUCCGACACCACGGUCCAGCAGCGCCUGGACGAGCAGAGGGAAAAGAUCCGCAGGGAGAUCAGGAAGGAGCUGAAGAUCAAGGAGGGGGCUGAGAAUCUCCGUCGGGCCACCACCGAUAAGAGGAACGCCUCCCAGGUGGAUUCCCAGCUGCGGAGCUCCAACCGGAAGCUGGAUGACCUGCACGCUCAGCUGCAGGAGCUGGACGCUCACAUCAUGGUCAAGGGAGGGGACGACGGCAAGGAUGACCCACCCCGUUCCCCGGGGACAGAGAGCCGUUCGUCGGCCAGCAAAGACCGCAUUGCCGCCCUGGAGAGACAGCUCAACAUUGAGCUCAAGGUCAAACAGGGAGCUGAGAACAUGAUCCCAAUCUACGCCAACGGAUCCACCAAGGACAAGAAGAUGCUGCAGACGGCCCAACAGAUGCUGCAGGACAGCAAGACCAAGAUCGACAUCAUCCGCAUGCAGAUCCGCAAGGCCGUGCAGGCGACCGAGCACACGGAUGACAAACAGGGUAACCAGGACCUGUGUGGUGUGGAGCUGCGCAUCGAGGAGCUGAGGCACCACUACAGAGUGGAACACGCCGUGGCCGAGGGCGCCAAGAACGUCCUCCGACUGCUGGGAGCCAACAAGGUCCAGGACAAGAAGGCCCUGUCGGAGGCCCAGUGUCGUCUGAGUGAGGCGUCCCAGCGCCUGGACCUCCUGAAGGACUCUCUGGACCAGCGCCUGGCCGAGCUGCCGGAGGACCACCCCAAGGCCAGCCUCAUCAAGGAGGAGCUCGUCCUGGCCGCCUCCCCGGCCUUCAGCUCCCGCCACGGCGCCCCCUACCUCCGCAACCAGUACAGCACCCUCUGCAAGCCCUCCCCGCUCACCGGAACCCUCCAGGUGCAGUUGCUGGGCUGCAUGGGAGUGUUGGAGGUGGUGCCCGGGCGCAGCAAGGGCAUCCCGGUCGUCCUGCCCUGCCACAGCCCCGGGGAGGGGCGCUCCUUCAUGAACCGCGGCAGCAAGAGCAGCCUGUAUGGGCGCAGCGGCAGCGUGAGCGGCAAGACGCCCAGCAAGACGGACGAGCUCUCCUCGGAGGUGAGCGCGGUUCUGAAGAUGGACAACUCGGUGGUGGGCCAGACGGCCUGGAAGACGGUGGGUGAGCAGGCUUGGGACCAGACCUUCACCGUGGACCUGGAGAGGUCCAGGGAGAUGGAGAUAGCGGUGUACUGGAGGGACUACCGCUCCCUGUGUGCCCUGAAGUACCUUAAGCUGGAAGACUUCCUGGACAACCAGAAACACAGAGUUCAACUGGAGCUGGAGCCCCAAGGCCUGCUGCUGGCUGAGGUGAUAUUCUUCAACCCUGUCAUUGAGAGAGCCCCUCGCCUUCAGAGACAGAAGAAGGUCUUCUCCAAACAGCAUGGCAAGGCUUUCCUGAGGGCACGUCAGAUGAACGUUGACAUCGGAACCUGGGUCCGACUCCUGAGGAACGCUAUCCCCACUGUCAACAACACAGGCACCUACAGCCCCAGCGCACACUCCCUUAACCUGAACUCUGGGGAGAUCUCAGUGGAGAAACUGAAUCUGGACAGCGACUCUCCAGUCAGGCAUGAUUACAAGAGAGACUCGGACAUAAACACCCCGGAGCGGUUGCCUGUUAUCGAGCCCUUCUCUCCCCCAGACCUCACCCCUGACCGCCCCGCCCAAACCCCCCCUCUGAGCAGUAAAAACAAGAAGCCUCUGUGCCUCCAGGACUUCAGGCUGAUCGCCGUUCUGGGCAGGGGACACUUUGGGAAGGUGCUGUUGUCUGAGUAUAAGAAAACAGGAACCAUAUACGCCAUCAAAGCCCUGAAGAAGGGAGACAUCGUGGCCAGGGACGAGGUGGAGAGUCUGAUGUGCGAGAAGCGGAUCUUUGAGACGGUCAACGUCUCCCACCACCCUUUCCUGGUCAACCUGUUUGCCUGUUUCCAGACCCCGGAGCACGUGUGCUUCGUCAUGGAAUACACGGCCGGCGGUGACCUCAUGAUGCACAUUCACUCCGACGUCUUCACGGAACCUCGCGCCGUGUUCUACUCGGCCUGUGUGGUUCUGGGUCUGCAGUUUCUCCACGACCAUAAGAUUGUCUACCGAGACCUUAAACUAGACAACCUGCUUCUGGAUACAGACGGAUAUGUAAAGAUUGCAGACUUUGGACUAUGUAAAGAAGGGAUGGGCUAUGGGGACAGGACCAGCACCUUCUGUGGUACUCCGGAGUUCCUGGCCCCUGAGGUGCUGACCGACACCUCCUACACCAGGGCAGUAGACUGGUGGGGCCUCGGCGUCCUCAUCUAUGAGAUGCUGGUGGGAGAGUCUCCCUUCCCCGGUGAUGACGAGGAGGAGGUGUUCGACAGCAUCGUCAACGACGAGGUCCGCUACCCACGAUUCCUCUCCACGGAGGCCAUCGGAAUCAUGAGAAGGCUGUUGAGGAGGAACCCUGAGAGAAGACUGGGCUCUGGUGAGAAAGACGCUGAGGAGGUGAAGAAACAGCCGUUCUUCAGGGGUUUGGACUGGGAGGCGCUGCUCCAGAGGAAGCUUCCCCCACCCUUCGUUCCCUCCAUCAAGGGCCGGGAGGAUGUCAGCAACUUCGACGAGGAAUUCACCACCGAGCCGCCGGCCCUGACACCACCUCGCGAGCCCCGCACGCUCUCUCGCAAGGACCAGGACAGCUUCCGAGACUUCGACUACGUCUCCGACCUCUGCUAG